UGUUGUUUCCGGUGGUUGUGUUUGGUGUGGUUUUAGGCUCGGCUCGGCUCGGCUCGGCUCAGAUCCGACCAGCAGCGGUGGUUUCAGCUGUAGUGGACCUGUGUGUGACCGCGGAGGAAAGAUGGCGGCCCCUGCUCUCUCCAGUCGGUCCGGCUCGGCGGGCAGCGUCGGGAACAGCCCCACCAUGGCCGCCGGGAGACUCCCGGGCGUCGGGCCCGAGCUCGACUUCAGGUCGGCGGCCCGCAUGGAGGACCUGAACCGCCUCAUCCAGGAGUUCAGCAAGCACGACCAGAGAGAGUACGACGACCAGCGGGCUCUGGAGAUCCACACGGCGAAGGACUUCAUCUUCUCCAUGCUGGGAAUGGUACAGAAGUUGGACCAGAAGCUCCCGGUGGCCAACGAGUACCUCCUCCUGUCAGGGGGCGUUCGGGAGGGUGUGGUUGACAUGGAUCUGGACGAGCUGAGCGUCUACGCCCGUGGAACAGACUAUGACAUGGACUUCACCCUGCUCGUCCCGGCACUCAAACUCCACGACCGCAACCAGCCGGUGACGCUGGACAUGAGGCACUCGGCUCUGGGCCACUCCUGGCUCAGCCUCCGCCUUUUUGAUGAAGGCACCAUCAACAAGUGGAAGGACUGCUGCACCAUCGUCGACCACAUCAACGGGACUACCAACUACUUCUUCUCACCAACACUUGUGGCCGACUGGUUCUACCAGUCCAUCUCCCUGGUGCUGCUGGAGGUACAGAAGAAGCCGCAGAGAGGGAUGCCCAGAGUGGAGAAGGUGGAGAGGAACGGCACCAUUAUCUCCGUUAUCCUGGGUGUUGGGAGCAGCAGGAUGCUUUACGACAUCGUCCCAGUGGUGUCGUUUAAGGGCUGGCCAGCCGUUGCUCAGAGUUGGCUGAUGGAGAACCAUUUCUGGGAUGGAAAGAUCACCGAGGAGGAGGUGAUCAGUGGCUUCUACCUCGUCCCUGCCUGCUCCAACAAAGGCCGUAAGGAGAACGAGUGGCGUCUGUCGUUCGCCCGCAGCGAGGUGCAGCUGAAGAAGUGCAUCUCGUCCAGCCUGAUGCAGGCGUACCAGGCGUGUAAAGCCAUUAUCAUCAAGCUGCUGUCUCGCCCCAAAGCAAUCAGCCCCUACCACCUUCGCAGUAUCAUGCUGUGGGCCUGCGACCGCCUCCCAGCCAACUACCUGUCUCAGGACGACUUCUCUGCCCACUUCCUGCUGGGCCUGAUCGACGACCUGCAGCACUGUCUGGUCAACAAGAUGUGUCCCAAUUACUUCAUUCCACAGUGCAACAUGCUGGAACACCUGUCGGACGAGACCGCCAUGCUGCAUGCCCGCAAACUCUCCUCAGUGCGCUCGGACCCCGCAGAGCACCUCCGCACCACCAUUGAGCACGCCAAGGCCGCCAACAGGCUGACCGUGGACCUGCAAUGGCGAGGAAGUGCCAACAACCUGCCAUCUCCUCAGUCCGACGCCGGUGGAGAGAAUCAGCCAGAUGACCGUCUCGCCAAAAAGCUUCAGCAGCUGGUUACAGAGAAUCCUGGGAAGUCCAUCUCAGUCUUUAUUAACCCAGACGACGUCACACGACCGCACUUCCGCAUCGACGACAAGUUUUUCUGAGACCUCCUCUUCCCUUUUUCCUUUCUGCCUUCCUUCUUCACGACCGGUGCCCCACCUCCUCUGAAACUUUAUUUUGUACAUUUUUAUGUUUCUCUGCCACAGAGUGAAGUGAGGUGAUCGUCCAGUUAUGUCUGCCAGUUUUUUAUUUUUUUUUAUUUUUAUUUUUCUAUUCCCCUCUCCCUCUUCCCUCCACUUUCACUGUGUGCCCUGUGUUUUUUACCUGCUGAUUGCCUUUUAAAUAGACAGCUGAAUAGCAGCAGGUUGUUUUUAAAGCUGAAGGAAGAGUUAAAAAAAAAAAUCCACCGUAAGAUGGAAUAGAUGUUCCUACGUAAGAGUAGUUCAACGAUCAGGGAUCCUGGAAAUGACAGGAAACCAACAACUCCUGAAAACGUCACAGAAGCCUGUUUGAGGUUUAAAUUUGGUUCAUUGAUAUAAAUAAUGGCCAGUAGUUAUCACUUAACAAUUGUAAUAGUGCUAAAUAUUCUGUAGCAAAGAUGUUAGAAACUUGUGAUCACAGAAAUUCAGGUUCCUUCAAUGUAAUUUAAAGAGUCCAAUCUUUUCUUUUUUAAUUUUGAGUUACUCUCUGAGAUGUUGUCAGAAGUAAGGGCUAGUUUCUCAGACAGUAUCGUAUGAUUGGCUUUCAUAUCAAUGCUCAGAACAGCAACAUAAUUGUUUCCUGUAAGAAAACUUAAAAAACAUUAUAAGGAGUUGGGGAUGCCAAAUGGCACAAAUAGAAUUCUCUAACCCAGGAGUAAAGAUUGCAGAGUUGUUUUGAAGGUGGAUUUUAUCCAUGUGAAGAAUGUCUUAGUCCCACUGGGGGAUGAUGGUACUAACGUCUUAGAAACUAACUGUAAAUAGCAGAAAACUGACUGAACACUGAUGUGUGUAGACAGAAAAAUAGAGACUGAUGAUAAUGUGUGGACUACUUUUCGUCUAAUUUUGCACAGAAUGUAAAAAAACAAAAAACAAACACCACUUUCCUCUUGAUGGUGGACGCCGUGUUGGUCCUGAUUCUGAAAUAAUGUAUCAUAUCAGUCGACAGGUGACACCUUUUGAAGAAUUGGUCAUACUGCAGCUUUUAAAUGUGUCUAUUAUCCAGUGGCAGAGCACCAAGUACACAGUGAUACUGAAUCAGGUCUCUCAGGUGGCAUGCUGAUCAGAGAGCAGUGUGGUUCAAACAUUCAGGAAACACGGUUCUGUUGGAAUUUGAAUAUAUAUCCCUGCGUAGGACUUAGAAAAGACACUAGUAAAAAUUCAAACAGUUUCCAUCCCAAGUGUAAAAUCUGGUAUCUUGAGAACACCAAUCGGGAUAAGAAAUUAUUUUAUCAUUGUGGAGGAUUUGUCCGAGAAGGGGUCCAGGUUGAACAGUGGAGUCCCCAGAAUAGAACCCUGAGGAACUCCGCUCUUAAUUGUGUUCCCAGUUCCAUAUAAGUUCAAACAAAGCACUCAGUUUUUUUAGUAAUUUGAGAUAGAUUUUAGUUGUUGUUAUGUUUCAAAUCAAUUUGAAUCUGCACAUUGGAAGUAUAAAGAAGGAUACCCUCACCAACCUCCUAACAGUUAGUGAACAAAAUACUUUAGGAACUGUAGGGAUGCAGUAGACAUACAAUCCGAAAUAACUCCCAAAGACACGUCACUUUCUUCUCCACUAAAUAAAGGAGUUAAGUGGUGCUUUGCAUCAGUUAACAUCAGAAAAUAUCUCCCUAAUCAUCUCUACACUGAACGGCUUGAAAGCUGCAGACUGACGCCUUGUUUUGAAGCUUUGUGUGUGAACGAAGUGUGACGGCAUUUUCCUACUGCCCCUGAACACAGCACUGUGUACUCAGUCUUCUCCACAGUUUAACACUCAGGUUAAUCUGCUGCUCUAUGACCGCUAUGUUGUCACAGAAUAUUCAUUUAGACAUGAUCACAGACAUCUCUUUCCACUUGCUCCUGUCACUUUAAUUUUUAGUACUUAUGAGUUUAUUGCAUUUUUCUGUUUGCUUCACUGUCGAGUAUGAACUCGUGUUUGAUGUUUCCUUUUCUGCUGCUUUUUUCUUGUGUUUUUAGGUGUUGGGGUUUAUCUCUCCUUCAGUUUAACCAGCUCAGGAUGUUAAAUUCAUCCUUUUUUAUUAAUUGUGAUCAAGAUUCACACUGUUUUAGAUAAUUUCAUCUAAAUGCUGGAAUGGAGGCACUGUUUCUAAAUAAUCUCUGAACAGUUGACAUUUCUGUUCUGACAUUUACUGAAACUGAUCAGUCAUCAUGAAAACAGAUAAAAUGCAACGAGCAAAUAUCAGCUUUUAAUGAGGGUGUUUUCACAUUUGGCACGCUCCCCCUCCCCCGCUGGGCUGCGUUCACAUUCAUCAUUUCAUCGUUCUGUAUUCAGAAACCCUACACAGUCUGAUACAGCAGGUGGCAGUACACAAGUUGUUGGUUUUCAAAUCUGCCAAAAAGCAGAAAGAAGAAGAAGCAACCAUGGCAACCACUCGUGCACUCAUCCUGCUAACUGUGGAUGUUUUGUUAUUUCUGACACUCCAACAAAGACCCUCUUCCUACGUCCACAUCUACCUCAGUGGACCAAACGAGCCCGUGCUGCACGGAUAAGAUAGUUUUAGAAGCGACAGAAGCCGUUUAGAAUCACGUUAUAUAGUGGCCCACGUCCUUGUUUAAGCACAGUUGCGUUCACAUCUCCCGCAGACCGCACACAUAGAUCGUGCCCAAAACCACCUAUUCAAGCGGACUCGGGGUCAAGCGUGAAACCACCCUAAGUUUUAAGUCAAUCAGAGUUUUGUCAAUUGAAUCUUUUUUGGCUGUCCAAUACGAGAGUAGAUAACCAUGUAACUCCAUAUCGUACAUGGGAAUUAUUCUUAACGUGCUAAAGGCAUGUUUAACAGAGAUUUAUUCUUGUGUAGGAAAAGCUUUUAAACAUUUGCAGGUGACUGAUUUAUUCAUUUUUUAAAGUGAAGUCCGUGUGCUGAACAGUAAAUGAGAGAAAUCAGAGACAGGAGUUGGUUUAAUGUCAACAGCUGAUUGGCUGGCAGCUGCUGAAGCUUCUUGGAACAGAAGCUGAAAAAAACAUGAAUUUACACAUUGAUUUUUACCAAUCAGUUCAGAAAGUCACUAUUAAUGAACAAUUUAUCUUUGCAGAAAGAGAGAAAAACACUCCGAACCUGAGUUUUAAACUUUUGUUUCAGCACCGUUUCUCAAAAGCAGAAACACACUCCCUGCAUUUUCCCUCCAUUUCAAUGUAUCAGAUCAAUCUUUUUAAUGAGGCUUUGGUUGUGCCUGUGGCUAAGCACCAUGGGAGUUGUAGUUGUUCCUGAGCUGGUUUUGCUGAGGCGAGUUGGUUCCUGUUUCUUUUUUUUUUUUCUCAAUAUGUCUUUGUGUUUUCAACGUCCUCAAACAUUUCCAGAAACAUGCCAAAAAAAUCCUGCAGACAUCUGACCGGCAAUGUGAUCUACAUGUCCUCAUCCUCAAGUGCAAUUAGUGGAAAAUACACACACACACACACACCACACAGGUACACACACAUACACAUCUUGUUGCAUUAAGCGAAACGACACUACAGCUCUGUUCAAACAUGUUUUAAUGAAUCAGAAAGACGCUAAACUCACCACUUAAUUCAACAAGCAUUAGAAAAAUACACAAACACAGACACACACUCCAAGGUUUUUCACACCAUCAAAGUGCCACACACACUCCUGCUCGGUGGAAAUGUAUUCAGUGUGUCGUUCUGACCUUACUUCUCUCUCUGUUUGAACCUUUUGACUGUGAGUUUUUAUUUUCUGUAUCUUGCUGCUCUGCUUUAUGCUGAUGAUGAAUUUCUUUAUAUGCAACGUUCACUCGGAUGGGUUAACCCUUCAGAUGGCAGCUCCUCCCCGUCUAUGAAGGUUCUCCACUAAACUUCACUGUACAGUUAGUCAUCAUAAAGUCUUUUAACCAGAAGCUUCCACAGUCUGCUGAGUGAGUUACUACACGCCUACUCUUUAUUUAAACACUCUUACGUUGGAAUAUUAGUCGUAAAUAAUCCUGGACCUUCAGUCAAACCGGAAAACGUGUUCUUUAAGUCAUUCAUGCUUGUUUUCAGAGUAAUUUUAAGUCUUGCUGUUUUACUUAAGAAAAAAUAGUCCCAUGCACUCACACAUAAGUGAUUUGAUUAUCAAAUUACAUUGGGGUGUCACCUGCUUAGCAAUGAAAGUCAGAGUUUUCAAUACUUUGAUACUUUUCUACAUUUUUUCAAAAGACUAAAAUAUCUCUAUAUAUUGAUAGUUUUAAAAAGUACCCCAACAUUUAAAAAAUCAGUCAUGUUUCAGCAAGAAGAAAGGGAAGGAGAGCACUGUCUAAAUUGUACAAAUAUGGUGGCGUCAGAUUUACGCAAUUGAGACAAUGUGUGAGUUUACCUGCAAUAUUUGGUAAUUAAAAACAACAACCAUUGGGUGACUUUGAUUUUGUUGUUGCCAUGGUAUUCAAACAGGUACUGAUAUUGUUUAUUUUUUUCUAGAAUAGUUUUAAGUUUACAAAUCUGUUAUCCUGGGAACCAUGGUUAAACGGUUGAGUCCCCAGAAUGGAACCCUGAGGAACCCCGCUCUUAAUUAUGUUCCCAAUUCCAUAAAAAUUCAAACGAAGCACUCAGUUUUACAGUUACUUUAGUUAAAAUGUCCUUUCUAUGUCGGAUAUCAUGUUGAAUCUCUAACAGCCUCAAAAAAGAGCUCAGUUCUCGGACCUACAUAACCACCAUGUUUAGGAAAUCUAGAUAAACAACAAAGAGAGACUGCAAGAAACUGGGGCUUGUCUUGAGACAGAACCACACUGACUCUUUUGUGGCUUUGAGGGUUCCCCUUUCAUAAUUUUCAUGCAGGCUGCUCUUCUGAGACAACCUUUUAGAAUAAUAAUUACCAAUAACAUAGCAUAAUUUAUAUCAAUUUACAAAUCCAGUAUCGUACAUUUCCGACUUUAAUCUUGACAUUUUCUUUAACGUGGCCCUAAUACUCCAUACAAAUCAAAUUAUUGAUUAUUACAAUACAAAUUAAAUUAGAUUAAUUUUAAUUUAAUGUGUUCCAGAGUUUCCGACCCUCGAUGGAGAAAGCUGAUUGCGCAAAUGUAGAAUCUGCAAUGUUGUUUGUUACAGUUUCCAUUCACCGUGCUUCUUGUUACCCUGUUUCUGUCCAUGAACACAUCUGGAGAGGCGUUCAGGGACCAGACUGUUGAUCCAUUUGAAGACUAGUUUGAGAACACAGAAAUGCCCACAGCUCUCAUUACUAAGUAGGUUGUGUCUUUGCAGGAUGUGAGCCACCGGGCUGGUUUGUUUUGAAGCCGUGCACAAAAUCAAUGUUCUCCGUCUUCAUCUGCAGAGAACACAGCAGCUGUCACUUCUUGAUCCUGUUCAUCCACCAAUAACUGAACCAAAGUUAUGAUGUCAUGCACAACAUAAACAAACAUGGUGUGAAGGUCGAGGCAGUAUUACACGUCCCUGAUUUAACAAGUAGUCACAGAUAUGGUGAGGCUGCACUAAACCAUCUGUUAAUAAUAAACCUUAACAUGUAAUCAGCCAGAUAUGGCACAAUGACACGUCCUGUUAGUAUCACCGUUUUUAUUUUAUUCAGGGGCACACCUCUAUAUAGACACUGUAAAAUAAUAAUAAUACAUAUUUAUUUUCCUUUCCUCAAUUUCUUCUUUACUCUCAUCUCGUUUCCUCCUUCUCUUGUUUCCUCUUUCUUUCCCCCUGCUUCUGUCUCCUUGUUUCCUCUCCUCCUGUAUUUCUUCUUCACCUUUAUUUGUUUCCUCUUUUCCUCCCCCCUUGUCUUUUUUAACUUCCUUAUCUCUUUUCCUACCUUUGGCUUUUCUCCUUAUAUCUCUUUUACUCUUUCCUCCUCUCCUUGUUUCCUCCUCCUUUCUCUUCCGUUGUUUCCUACUCUCCUCUCCUCUUCUCGUUUCCUAAUUAAAAUACAUUUUCUAAGCUUUCAAAUUGAACUCUAAUCAUUUAAAAAAACAAACACAAUGUUUAAUAGAUAUUACUAAAGCAGUUUCCUGUCACAGCCACCAGGGGGCGCCAGUAUAAAAGCAGCUCUGUCAGGUGAUGUCAUUGACAUGGAGGGAGCUGUCAUCUGAUUGGCUGCUGUCUGACUUUUUCUCCUGUAAUGUGGAUCCACUGAUGUAAAAAAAAAAUCACUUCAUAAAAUACCUCAAACUGA